GUUUGCUCAUAGAGAAGCUGCUCAAGCCCCAAAGCCCCAUGUAUGUGACGUCGCUGACACUUCUCAGUCGCACUGUCUUCAUUAACGUGACAAUAUUUUGCCUUUGUUGUUGUUGUUGUUUUUUUGUUUUUUUCUUCUCUACGAGACACUGACGACCAUGCGUUUUUCACUUCAGCCGCUGGAGUUGGCAUAAACCCUCCCGGCAUCCGUGUUGAACCCGCCACCAUUUAUAGCCUCGCGGUGACAAACAAUCUUAUUAUGAGAUUUAAACUUUGCCUCGGCUAGACAGGAGGAUCAACAUGCGCUCCUCUCGCACUUACUCCCCACAGCUUCCCCAACUGAUACAGUAGAUACCUACCUACCUGCCUACCUACCUACCUAACCUACCCGCCUCCUUUGACUGUGGUUAAACGCCGGUGUCAGCUCUCGGUGUAAUAGAAAAAGCCAAGCAGGGCUCCGGGUCUGUUCAGCAUACAUAAAGGCGAGCGCUGAGAGGAGCUCAGCCCUGAAUUAAAUCACUCACCGCUAAAUGGAUCUUUGAGACUCUAUCUCGACGCAGUCAGCCGCCGCUUUGUGCGCCUUCAAACCGAAAACAGAAAACUGGGAUUCUUUUUAUUUCUACUAUUAUUAUUAUUACUUUUUUUUUUUUUUUUGACAAUCUGACAGAAAAAAAUCUCCCGUCUCUUUGAAAAUGUCUCGUGUUCGUGGUGACAUACAGUAAGCUGCCAGCUUUGUAUCGGGAAGAGGCUCUUGCUCCGCGAUCGUCAAGCAGAGUUCGAGAGGAGAAAUCAGUGAACAUCUUGCACAGCUGGAGGACACCAGGGAUGCUCUCUCACACUGAGGACUUCAACCCAGAGUACAGAGGUUAUUCCUCCGUGCACAUGAGAGAGACAGAGGAAGGAAGACAGUGGCAGGAACAAUAUGAUGAGACCAUUUAAUGAUGGUAACCUCUAAGGAGAAAAGCACAAGCCAACCUGAGGUGGUGAAAUCUCUUUCAAACCACACGGCCAUAAGUUCACUGCAGGCAAACCUCAAUGAAAGAAACUCAGUAUAAAGGCAAAUACUCAACAUCUUUCUGAGUUGUACAUGGGGAUAGAACCAUCCAUCAAUGAAGAGGACACAAAUAAAGGGAUUGUUUCUGGCCCUGAGAACAACAGGAUCAUCUAAGCUGUACUGAAACAACAGCAGUACCACCCUCUUCUCAUUUUUUUGGCCCUGCACAUGACUCUCAGAGAAGCACCAAUGGCCUGCAGCUUAGGCAUGGUGAUGAGUGCCUUGUUUUGGUCUGUAGCCAUUGUAUAUUUGACUCACAUUGGCAGAGUCAGUGGAGACUGCUGGUUAAUUGAGGGUGAAAAGGGCUUUGUAUGGCUUGCAAUUUGUAGCCAAAACCAACCACCUUAUGAGGCCAUCCCACAGCAUAUCAACAGCACCAUUGUGGACCUUCGUCUGAAUGAAAACAAGAUCAAAAGUAUUCAUUAUUCUGCCCUUAGUCGCUUUGCCAACUUGACCUACCUGAACCUGACAAAGAAUGAAAUCUCCUACAUAGAGGACGGGGCCUUUUCUGCUCAGUUUAACCUACAAGUCCUUCAAAUGGGCUUCAACAAGUUGCGGAACCUGACAGAGGGAAUCCUCAGGGGUUUAGGAAAGCUGCAGUACCUCUACCUCCAGGCAAACCUGAUUGAGACUGUGACACCCAAUGCCUUUUGGGAAUGCCCCAACAUAGAGAACAUUGACCUCUCCAUGAACCGAAUCCAGCAGUUAGAUGGGUCCACGUUUACCAGUCUGACUAAGCUGACCACCUGCGAGCUAUACACCAACCCUUUCAACUGCUCAUGUGAAUUACUUGGUUUUGUCAAAUGGCUCUCUGUUUUCCCGAACAGGACGAAUGAGCGGAUGGUUUGCGACUCCCCACCUGGCGUCUCUGGUUAUAGUUUACUGAGCCAGAAUCCUAACAAUCCAACAUAUCGAAAUGCACUUCACAUGCUCACAACGGUUUGUACUGAUGACUAUGUGACGCCAUUUAUUGCUGUGCCUACUGAGUCUACAACACCUCCACCUGACUCAACACUUUGUGGGCUGGAAGACUGCCCCUCAGGCACAGAACCAGAUGACAUUACCAUCAGUACAACCUACAGCAGUGGGGAGGUAACCCCUCUGAUGAAAGUGAAGCAAGUAACCAAUACGGGGGCCACCAUCACAGUUCAGAUUCCUCAUCCUUACAAGAAGAUGUACAUCCUGGUUCUCUACAACAACAGCUUCUUCACAGAUAUUCAAAAUCUGAAAGACAUAAAGGAGGAUAUUGAACUAAAAAACCUUAAACCCCACACUAACUACACAUACUGUGUCGCUUCAAUACGCAACUCUCUUAGACACAACCACACUUGUCUGACAGUCACUACCGGCCCUCGGAUUGAAAAGGACAUAGCAGUAAACAAUGCAACUGCUACUCAUUACAUUAUGACAAUUUUAGGCUGCCUCUUUAGCAUGGUCAUUUUUCUUGGGGUGGUCUACUACUGCUUGCGAAGAAAGCGUCAGCAAGAUGAAAAGCACAAAAAAUCAGGAAGCCUAAAGAAAAAUAUAAUGGAGCUCAAAUACGGACAAGAACUGGAAGGAGGAACUAUUUCUCGAAUGUCACAGAAGCAGUUGUUGGCUGGAGAGAGCAUGGCACGUAUGCCAUACUUACCAUCUGCUGCUGAAAUGGAGCAGUACAAAUUUCAAGAGAUAAGUGAUACUCCUAAAAUGAUGAAAGGAAAUUACAUGGAUGUGCGAAGUGUGGACCACCACGAACGCAGGGAGUGUGACAUGGGAAUGGCUGGGAAUAGCCAGGGGUCAGUGGCGGAGAUUUCCACCAUUGCAAAAGAGGUGGAUAAAGUCAAUCAGAUUAUUAACAACUGUAUAGAUGCUCUAAAGUCAGAAUCCACCUCUUUUCAAGGGGUGAAAUCUGGUGCAGUGUCCACAGCAGAGCCUCAGCUCGUACUAAUAUCAGAGCACCCACAGAGUAAAUCUGGCCUUCUGUCCCCAGUGUACAAGGACAGCUACCAUCAUUCUCUGCAGAGGCAUCGGUCGUCUGAUGUCUCACCAAAGAGGCCCAGCACUGCCACUGGAGGGCCCAUGCGAAGCCCCAGGCCUUAUCGCUCUGAAUCCAAGUACAUAGAGAAAACCUCCCCAACAGGAGAGACCAUCCUCACUGUAACACCUGCUGCCACCAUCCUGAGGGCUGAGGCAGAGAAGAUCCGUCAGUACAGUGACCACCGGCACUCGUACCCUGAUGCUCAGAUAGAAGAGCUUGAAGGCCCCGAGAGCCACAAGUCCUCAAUGUUGGAGCCUCUUACUCACUCCCGCUCCAGAGACUUAGCAUAUUCCCAGCUGUCCUCUCAGUAUCACAAUCUAAGCUACUCCUCCAGUCCCGAGUACUACUGCAAACCUUCACACAGCAUCUGGGAGCGGUUCAAACUCCACCGGAAACGGCACAAAGACGAGGAGUACAUGGCUGCAGGGCAUGCACUGCGUAAGAAAGUCCAGUUUGCAAAGGAUGAGGACCUGCAUGAUAUUUUAGACUACUGGAAAGGUGUUUCAGCCCAACAUAAAUCAUAACCUCUUUAGGUGUUUUUAAAAUGGACCACACAUUGCAUAAAUGACACAAGAACCUCAUCUGACAAUUGAAUCAAUGGAAACUUCCAUAUUAUAAUCAACUACUCACUCACGUGUAAAAAAUUCUCUUUUGACUGUGAGGAAAAUGGGGUAAACAUUCUUUAAAUUUGUCAUAUUAUGUAAAGCAUCCAACGGGAAAACUUUUAUCUAUUAAAGAGAAAAUAUAUUGCAAAUUAAUAAUAUAUAUGUUACAAUGGAUUAUAGGUUUUUGGGUAUCGCAUGGCCAAGUCCUGUGACAGUGGAUUUGCUGUUGUGUAAUAUGAAACUACUAUAUGAAGAUAUGUCUAAUGAAACCUCAAUAUUUUUUGACGAACUAUCUGGACAUUUCAUUCAAAAUGAACUUUCUUUUCCUUCCCUUCCUGCAUUUGUUUAAUUCAACAAAACUAUGUACAGAUAUGGGUUUCUAUAUUUGCAAUGUUUGAUGUGUAAAUGGAACCGUACUAGUGGAUGAAUCAGGUUUAUCAAAUGGAGCGCUGUUUGUUUAGAUUAUCUUGUUGCUAAAGAACAGCAUGUCCCACUUUAAACCUGUCAGAAUAUUUGUCUUUUUAACCAUCAUCGCCUGUUCUUCUUUUCUUUUUUCUUAUUCUUAUCUUUCUUAAAGCUUUUACAUCCAUUUUACGAGAUACAGAUGGAUUCAGUUUUAAAGUCCCCUAAAUCACACAAUGUAGUUUUCACUGGAUGGCUGCUGAUAGACUUCAUGCAGGCAAGAUGCAGUAUCAUCACAUGCUGUAAUGAAGCUCAUCAGUUUCAUGAGCCAUCAUUUCUAUCUUUAGUACCAAAGUAGAAAAAGCUGAAACGUUUACAAUAUUUCUGCACAGUCUGGAAAUCGUAUGAACAUACAGCAGUAGGUCCAUGUUGACCUCUUCUCUUUUUUCUAUUGUAUCAGUUACUCCUUUAAAGGUGGAAACAUUGGGAAACCGUAACAUCCAUACACACAAUAUGGUAUUGAAAGCCUAUUAUUAAUCACUAACACUUCAAAAGGGAGGACAGCUGUUCUUUGUCACCUGUUGUUUAGGUACACAGGGAGCUGUUCAUCCCUACAGGAGAGCCCGAUGGAUGAAUGUAACAGAUACAUAUUCUGAUCUGUCUAUGGCAGCUUUUAUGUAUAUUUUCACGGAAAUAUUUAUUUAAUGCUAUUACUGGCUGUGUUUUUUUUUUCUUUUGCUUUAAUAUUUCUUCCAGUGUAUUAUACUGCAUAAUGUUUGAUCUGAUAAACACGGAAAAAUAGUCUGUUAUUCGGCUGGGCCUUGUUGCUUGCUGAGAGGUUUCAUUUUAUUUUUAACUGCUAGGCUGUUCAAUCUUUUUGUAUAUUAUGAAAGCUACAUACCAGACGAAUAUCAACAUGCUAGAGUAAAAUUUGAGAAUGUGAAACUGAAUCCUCUGACUUACUGGCUGUGAAUUUGUAUAUCAUGAAAUUUUUUGAGUAAAUAUAAGACUUUACCGCUUUUUCUUUGUAAGUUGUUUUACAUAACUUAUUCCGAGCAGGCUCAUGAUGAUUCAUUGCAGAUUUAUGAAUGAGCAAUAAAUAUGCUUUCAAUUUUCCUACUCAUUUGUUUGGAUAUAACACUAAAUGUGUUGUCAGUGUAGGAUGUGGCUUUAUCUAAAAGCAGAGAACAGCUCUUUGAGGUCAAGCAGUUAAAUUUCACACCAGUCAUUUUUCGAGGGCUGUCUGAAUUUAAGGAAACAAAGAGUACUAUUUCCCAAGCAGCAGCAGGUGUUCUUUAUAUUUUAAAUUUUCUGCUCUCAUUAGUUUCCAUGCAAGUCUAGUGCAAAUUUUAACAGAAUAACCAAAAAAACUCCCAAAAAAAUAGCUGUUUAGUGCAUCUAGGAGUUGGCCUCAUUGAGAUCAACAGUUGAUGGUGCUACUUUUUCUAAUAUUUAGGCUUCAAGUUCUUUUAUGCACAUGAACACAAGUGCUUGGAAACUCACUUACUGUGGUCCUCGUUUCAUAAAUUCGAACAAAACUAAUUAGUAGUUUAUUAUGUUGGACAGCCGUAAUACAACUUUGCCCGGAAUCUGUGGUGCUUUAAACAAAAGAAAUCACCAGAUUACAGAUGACCAUCGACUUUUUGGAGCACAAACAUCUUUUGUGUUUUCCUCUUUAACACCAGGCAAAACGUUCUUUAUUGCUUUGAUUUUUUCUUGCACUUGUCCAAAGAUACUGUUUGUCAGAUCAUCUCACCUGCUCCUCUGUUUCUGCUUAACUUCCAUCUUGGUAAAUAAAUAUUUAAACAAUUCCGUAUCAAUGAAUGAAAAAGCAUUAAAGCAGGACAGACUUAUACUACAAUGUAUGUGUGGUGAGUUGAGAUAGAAGAGCUGACCCGAGGGAAUGGAUUUGUCUAGUGACACAUUUUUCAUCAACUCCUUCUUUUUUUUUUUUGUUCCAUUAGACAUUGAGUAUGUAAGUAUUACUGCAGGCAUCUGUUGGCCCAUUUAUAUUUUUCUGUGUGGUAACGCUGCGUCCAUUUCUUGUAAGCAUGUCAUGACACUGUUAUUAUUCAUUAAUGUGAAAUGAAGCAUUCAUGAGCCUGAUGCGAAUGUGUUAUGUAAGCACCUUGUAAAGUGUUAACUUGGUUGUCUGACUUAAUAUUUCAACCGCCUUAAGAUUUUGGGAUAUGUGUACAAGUGUAAAUUUCCUUUUUGUUUUAUUUCAAUGUUGAUACUGUUGAUGAGUCUCCAUUUGUUGUUCUUUUUAUAAAAGCAUUUCAGUAUCUUCUGAGAGCUGUCAGGUUUCUAGUUCAUUUAGCUAUUUAGCAACAUGUUUUUAUACUUGCAUAUUGUAGCACUUAUGUGUCUAAUACAAGUUUAAAGUGUUGAGAAAACCUUUAGAAAGAUCAACAGUUGUUGUUCAAGUGCAUCAAAACAAACAAGAGCACAAAAAUGUGUUGUUUUUUUUUUUUUUGUAUUUUAUUUCUUAAUACUAUAUUAUCUGCUUUCAGACAAAGUACUGUGAAAUAAAGUUAAGGGUGCACAUACAGUA